CACCAGUUUGUAUUCUCUAUCAAGUAAGUUGCGUUGACACUGGAUGACGUUUGGAUUUGUGAGGGCAAGAAGAUAGGCACAGCCUCAAAUCGCCCUUUGCAUACUUUUGUAACUAUGUUCUCGUUUUGCUAAACCUUUUCCGCGUAUUGUCUGUCGAUGAUUCGCAGUUUCGAGGAUGGAUUCCCAGGGGGAUGCUUGGGGUUUAGUAACUUACAGCGCAAGUGGAUCAAUGUCGCUCUCAACAAGGAGAUCGAUGUCCAACCGUUCGAUCCCAGCUUGGAUGGACCCGAAGUCUACCUUUCAACCCUGGAAGUCGAAGUCUCCUUGAUGGUCAAGAACAACGAGUUCCGUGGAGAGUUUGAUGCCAAAGACAUGGCGCGCCAAUUCAUCAGUGUGUUCAACAACCAAGUCUUGUCGACUGAGCAGGCCUUGGUGCUGGAUUUCCAGGAGACCAGACUGAUCAUGGUACCCAAGAAGGUGGAACUUGUUGGAUCAGAUGCGCUCAUGAAUGGCAUGCAUGGACCCGAUGGCCAGGAACUUCCAAGUCGCCCUGGAUUCCGCGGCGUUUUGACGCAGCAGAGUCUGAUCCAGUUUGUUAGGGCUCAGGAUUCCAACAUCAAGCUGAAGGGCGCUGCUAGAAACAAACCCGCGGUGACCCUGAUUCAGCCUGACUUCAAGUUCGAGGAUAUGGGAAUUGGUGGAUUGGACACAGAGUUCAGCAACAUGUUCCGACGUGCUUUCGCCUCGCGUAUCUUCCCGCCCUCGAUCGUUGAGAAGAUGGGCAUUCAGCACGUGAAGGGUAUCUUGCUGUAUGGCCCUCCUGGUACAGGAAAAACACUAAUGGCCCGUGAGAUUGGAAAAAUGUUGAACGGUCGUGAGCCCAAGAUCGUGAACGGACCCGAGGUGCUGUCGAAGUUCGUGGGCCAAUCGGAGGAGAACAUUCGCAAGCUGUUUAUCGAUGCUGAGACCGAGUACAAGGACAAGGGCGAGGAUUCGAGCCUUCACAUCAUCAUCUUUGAUGAAUUAGAUGCGAUCUGUAAGCAGCGUGGGUCUAAGAACGACAGCACGGGCGUCGGUGAUUCAGUCGUCAACCAGCUGCUGGCCAAGAUGGACGGUGUUGAGCAGCUGAACAACAUUCUCAUCAUCGGUAUGACCAACAGGAAGGAUAUGAUUGAUGAGGCCUUGUUGCGUCCAGGUCGUAUGGAAGUCCACAUGGAGAUUGGUCUUCCCGAUGAGCAUGGUCGUCUUCAGAUUCUGAAGAUUCAUACUCACAAGGCCAUGCAAAACAACCUGCUCGCAUCAGAUGUGGACUUGAUUGAGUUGGCGGCUCUGACAAAGAACUUUACAGGAGCUGAGAUCAACGGUCUUGUCAAAUCAGCAACAUCGUUUGCGUUCAAUCGUCACGUCAAAGUGGGAACGCUGGCUGGCACAACAGGCGAUCUCGAGAACAUGAAGAUCCAGCGCGCAGAUUUCAUGGGGGCACUCGAUGAAGUGCACGCAGCGUUCGGUUCUUCGGAAGAGGAGCUGGAUGCAUGUAUCACGAACGGUGUCAUCCACUUUUCGCCACAGAUCGACAGGAUCCUCAAAGAAGGACAGCUUCGUGUGGAGCAGGUCCAGCAUUCUGAGCGCACGCCUCUUGUCAGUAUGCUGCUUCAUGGUCCCCCUGGUGCAGGCAAGACUGCUCUGGCAGCGACGAUGGCGAUGGAGUCACAGUUCCCGUUCAUCAAGCUGAUCUCACCCGAGACGAUGAUUGGCAUGAGCGAGAUACAGAAGGUCAAUGCGAUCCACAGAGUGUUCCAGGACUCGUACAAGUCGCCUCUGAGUGUAAUUGUGAUGGACGACGUUGAGCGCCUGCUGGACUAUACGCCGAUCGGAUCUCGGUUCUCGAACACGGUGCUGCAGGCGUUAGCUGUGUUGCUGAAGAAACAGCCCCCAAAGGGCAGAAGGUUACUGGUGUUGACUACAACGACUCGACGACAUGUGCUGGAAGAGAUGGAUCUGAUGGAUUCGUUUUCGUCAGAGUUGUAUGUGGAGAACUUGAGGACACUGGAGGAGGUGAACACUGUGGUCAAGAGCCUGAAGCUGUUCAAGUCGGAUGAUGAUCGCCGGACUGCGAUGGCGACGUUGGCGAAGAGCGGGAUUGAGGACAAGUUGUCCAUCAGUGUCAAGAAGCUACUGAUGACAAUUGAGAAGGCUCGCCAGGACACGGAUCUUGUGGGGCGGUUCGUUAGUGACAUGAGCAUCUUUUAGACGAUGGAGAGCGAUCGCACAUGUAUUGAUGUUGUUUUUUUUUUAUCAGCAGGAUAUAAACAGAGAGAGGAAGAAAAAAUAAAUAAAGAGGUAUAAGGGCGAAAAAGAAAA